AUGGCAUCGCUCCAAGACCUCCCCCCAGAGAUAGUUCUUAUGAUAGGUGAUUUUACAAAAGAACCCAAGACGCUUUCACUUCUUUCGCAUUACUUCGCCUCCAUCGCCCGGCCAAGAGUCCGCCGCGAAGCCCUCGUAAACGCCGCUUCCAAGAACGACACGAAACGGUUUAAAUCCAUCUUAUCCCAAUGUGCCAAAUUAGACAAUCUCGAUGGACCGCUAUUGCGAGCUCUAGUCUGCAUCGGUAACCCAGUUUAUGUGGCCUGCGCGUUGGAAAUAUCCCCUCCUGUCUAUCGAAAUUCGGCGCUUCUAGGAGCUCUUCUGCGUGAAGCUGUAUGUAAUGGGCAUACAGAGGUUGUGAAACUUCUCAUUGACGCUGGAUGCGACGUCGCUGCAGUACCAAAAUCGAAUGGACAUGCAGCCCUUUCCCUCGCUGUCGACCGGGGACAUGAAGCUAUCGUCAGGACGCUUCUUGAUGCACAUGGCAGCAAUCCCAUACAGGACGAGUGGAGUGCUCCAGCCUGGCCUCUUGUUCUCAACGCAGCUCUCGCUGGGAGACUCUCCAUUCUGCAACUGCUUCUAGAUCGUGAUGUAUAUCCGUCAGUAUUGAGAGACGGCGUCGCUUCCAAGACCACCGGCGACAUUAUUCCCGAGAUUAUUCGUCUUUUUCUUGCAGCUGGACUCGAUUUAAAUGCCAGAUCCGAAGUCGGCGUCACGCCGGUACAUUAUGCCCUAAAGUCAUCUAAUAUACCUGCAUUCCACGCACUCCUCAAUGCCGGUGCAGACCUCCACGUUCUUGACGACGAACAGGCAACCUUACUGCACUACGCUGCGCUGUAUACAGGAUCCAGCUUCAUCUGCCGCAUCCUCCUAGACGCAGGAUUGGACGUCAACGCCAAAGAUUCCAGCGAGCGGCCGCCUAUUCGCUGGGCACUUCUCGGCGAUUCAGAUCGCAGCGUCGUGGUAGAUUUCUUACUAGACGCCGGCACUGAGCUCAGUCAUCGUAGCCGAGCAGGAGACACGCUACUUCACGAGGCCUGCUGGUUGGGGAAUCCUGCUUACGCUGAUAUAUUCCUAAGCGCCGGGAUCGAUGUCGAUGUGAGGAAUAAUCACGGCUGA